CAGGAUGCGAUCAGACUUUUUUCUUCCAGAGACGGAGAACGCAGCCCCAGCGACCCCCUCCCUUCCUCCCAUCAUCCCCAGCCUCCACUCCCCUCCUCAUCUCCACUGUGGUCCCCCCUCCCAAGCCUCAGCGUGGCCUGUCGGGCAGGCGAGGAGACGGAGUGUGAAUGUGCUGAGGCGGAGAGCAGCGAGCCUGGCUGGAGAAAGGAAAGGAAAGGAAGAAAGGAUUUAAAUAAGCCCUUCGGGUGAGGGAGGGUGACUGUUUUGUGUCUUGCUUUGCUCGACGGAGGGGCCAGGGGGGAGGAGGGGGACGGAUAAUGAGCUAUUCUUGUACCAGCACAGGCAACAGCCAGGACCCAUCCAGCUCUAACAAGUCCGGCGGCGUUAAUCCCGGCACUAGCAGCAGCGGCAGCAGCGUUAGCAACAACAGCACCACCAGCAGCCACAGUGUCCGCGGAGGAGGCAAGCCCAAGCCCACUUCAGCCGAGGCGAUGAAAGUCAAGAAGGGCUGCAACACGACGGACGUGGGGGUCCCCGUUACCACAGAGGAGGAGCUGCUCGCCAACACGAUAAUAACCCCCGAGGAUGUGCUGGGGCUACAGAAGAUCACUGAAAACUACUUGUGCAGUCCAGAGGAUAAUGUAUACAACAUCGACUUCACACGCUUUAAAAUCAGAGACAUGGAGACAGGGACGGUGCUGUUUGAGAUCACAAAGCCUCCAGCACUUGACAAAGGUGGGGAUAAAAGAGAUAUUGAUCCUAAUGCUGGUCGAUUUGUGCGAUAUCAGUUCACACCAGCAUUUCUACGGCUACGUCAAGUGGGAGCCACUGUCGAGUUCACCGUUGGCGACAUCCCCAUUAAUAACUUCCGCAUGAUCGAGAGACACUACUUCCGUGAUCAGCUGCUGAAGAGUUUUGACUUUGAGUUCGGAUUCUGCAUUCCCAGUAGCAAGAACACCUGCGAGCACAUCUACGAGUUUCCCCCACUCUCAGAGGACAUCAUGCGCGAGAUGAUCCUGCACCCUUACGAGACGCAGUCCGACAGCUUCUACUUCGUGGACAACAAGCUUGUCAUGCACAACAAAGCAGACUACUCUUACAGCGGAGGCCCUUAGCUCAGCCGGGGCAGCUGACCCAGGCUAAUAGUUUGACUGGCAGACUUAAGGCCCACCCACAUGCGUUUUUGUGCUCCGAUCAUGCUCUCCCUUCAAUCUGUGUCAUUGACAACUGCCUGCUGCGCAUUAAUGCCUGUCUGAGUGAGACCUAGCCAGUGAUUCGACCGUUACGACUUCUCACACACAUACAUAUCAUAAAUACGUUCAACACUGCCAUCGUUCACAGCACACCAGCAAGAAUGGGUACUUAAAAUGCUUUAUUUUUUAGUAACGUUAGUGAAUUCAGAGGUGGGAUCCAAAUCUAUCAUACUGUUUUGUAUGGGCGACAAUGCCAGGGCUUUACUGGUGGCGUUUAGGGCUAUAAAAAUGACUGAUCCAGUGUGUGUAUGGGUUAAAGAGAGAUUGUGUGUGUGUGUGUGUGCGUGCAUGUGUGUGUGGUUGGGUGUGUUAGAAUACAGGGCACUGAUCUGACUGACCUGAAUAAAAAAAAAAGAUUGCAUUCACUUCUAUUCUACAAACAAUAAAUAUUUCCUUUUCUCCCUAUUAAAUUAAGGUGUGUCAGUUUUCACAGUUUUCAGCUUCAGAAUAUAGAAAUUAGAAUGCAGGUCUUAACAUACAAAUAUUUCUAUUGUGUGAUGCUGACAAAACAGUUGAUAGAGUACAUCUAAAGUUCAUUAGACAUAUUUUGAAGUGUGUUAAAUCUGUCACUUUUUCAAUGUUAAUAUGAAUGGAAUUAUUAAUCUGCACGAAAAAAAAAAAACAUAGCACAUUACGUGAGACCAAAAUAUACAGAACUGUAAUAUACCUUUCAGUGAAAUCAGACAAAUAUUAUCGUUGUAAUCCUGUGCUCUCAAACAAAGAAUCUUCCCCUACGUUCCGCAAACUUCAGUGAAAUGUUCUUGCUCAUGUCCAAUUUGUACAUCGAUUGUUUACUAAGGUAAGAAGGAAACGGGUUCUGUACAUAAAAUAGAUGUACAAAAAGUAGGACAGAGAAAGGAAUGAAUAUGCGUCAUAAGCCUUGACAUGAUUUCCUGUCUGGUUUAUGUGGUCUCUUUUGUACUUUCAGAAACUGAAGGAAAGAACUGCUUUUUUUGUUUUUCUUAAGUAAAUGCUAGGACUACAGUGAUAGACAUGAGAGUUAGGAUUAUGUCUAGUCUCUUUCUCCAUCAAGCAUUCCUUCUCUCACAUAAUCUGGUGAGUUAUGUCACGUAUGGGUGUUAGAGUAAAUAGCAGAGAGUAGGUUUACCAUUUUAUCAAGGAUGUGUCGUAUCCAUGAUCAUGAUCCAUUUAUUUGUAGUGCAACAAAGGUGCAUUUAGGAGAUUCAGUUAAGAAACCUUGUCUGUUUUUUGCUUUCUCAGUUAAACGGAUGCCCUCGAUGACUCUGCUCAGACCACAAGAGUCGAGGUGGAUGAACUUGAAUAAUGUUUCUAGUUUAAAAUUGUAACAGCUUUAUUUAUGAUUGUGAUUUACUGUACAUGAUUUUGAGAAAAAACAAACUGAAAAUGUGUACAUUUUUGGACAGUUCAGAUGCCAGUCUGGAAUAUAAGAGAAAUAAAUGUAUAUGUGAAUUUUUUAA